AUGUCUGAAGAUACGUUGGAUAAUGACCAGUGGGACGAAAGAUCAAAAGAAGAUUUGGCGUAUGAUGAGAUGAUUGCCAGAGAAGAUAAUCAGGAAGAAGAUCCGAACAACGAUAUGAAUCAGUCGGCCAAUCUUGAUGACGAGGAUGAAUAUCAAGAGCACCAUAACGAUGACGAACAUUUCAAGAAUGGCAAUCAUCUAGAAGAGAAUGCUGAUGACAAUGAUAGAACUGGUGAUGGAGAGAAGGAGGAAGAUAAUGAAUUUGUUGUCUGGGCUGAUGAUGCAGAUGAACCAGGUGAAGACGAAAAGAAAGCUUCGAAUAACAAAUCUUCCAGUCAACAAGAAAGUGAUGUCAAGUUCUCCGUAGAAAUGGUUAAAGAUAAGGAUCAGAUAUCAUUAGUGUGGAAUGGGGAUAAAAUAUUGGUACCAUGCAAGGAAGAAAUAUUAAGAGAUAUGAAACUAUUCAACCCAAUAAUUACCAUAGAUAUGAAGGUAUUCAACCGUCAGCUGAACAUAAUUGCCUAUCCUAUCUUAGUGGAGGAUAUUUUCAAUGAAAAUCUUUCCCCACUCAUCAGAUCAGCUGUCAACGUAUCAAUGGAGAUGGACGAGACAAGUGAAGGACUGCCUAUCAAAGGGUACCUACGCAUGAAAUUCCUAACACUUUCUGAUAUUAAGCUAGCUACAGAAGCACUAAAGUCACUGUCAACUGAGGAGAGGACAGUGCAUGUUCAACAUUUCUCUGAGAAUGAUUCUGAAGGUCAUAUUCUGUCAAAAGUGAAAGGCAAGGUUGCACCAAAAGAUUUCUUACCUGAAAGACUUUUGUUCGUGUCGAAUUUCUACAACACAACUGAAGAAAGUACUGCUGAUGGUGCUACUCUGGAGAAAGAGUUGAAGAAUAACUUCUUUCCGGAUUGUUCUCGCAUUGUCUUACUUACUAAAGAUGAACGUGUUCUUGGGCACGCCUACAUUGAAUUUGGCUCUGAUGAGGCCAUGAAGGCCGCUCUGGAAAGAACCAAAGAUGCGAUGUUCAAUGACAGGCGCCUCUUUGUCAUUAAGGCCAUGAAUGAAAAGAAGGAGGCUACAGGAUUAUUAAAGGAUAGCUUGAGACAGUAUUGGUUGGAUCAGAUUAAAACGUUGGAAUCUACCAACAAAGAAAAAAAAUCAGCUAAAGAAAUUACUGACAUGGAACAGAAACUCUAUCGUUACAAGAAGAGGAUUGUGACGGAUAAUGUUAAACGUCAGGAAUUAGGGAUACCGAUCCUAGAAGAGGAACAGUUCCAACUGGAUCCUGAAAAAGAGGAAAAGGAACAAGAACGUGAAAAAGAACGCACUGCACACAGUGAUUCCAGGAAAAGGAGUACAAGUCGAAAGAGGUCACCAAUAAGGUCAAGAAGAUUUUCACCCCCACAAAGAAGGGGUCGUGGCUCUUACAGAGGAGGAUCAUCCAAUUACAGUGGACCUUCCAGAAGGGGCGGAGCGAAUUCAGAUGAUCUUGUCAAUCAAUUGCAACAUCUCGUUGGAGUCCUCUCAAACAAGUUGCCCAUCGAGACGAAUCGUUAUGACUACCAUGAUAGGGAUGGCGGAAGAUCUUCAUACAUGGAAUCCAGACCCAGAGAUAGAUAUGCAACUGGAGGAGAUUAUUCAGAUUCAAGAAGAGGUUAUGAUAACAAGAGGAUGGGUCCUGAUGACUAUGAUAGGGAUAGAAAAAGAAGAUAUGAAGACUCAGACUACGCGAGAUAUGACAGAGGCCCGGAUUAUAGAUCAUACAGAGGAACGAGUGGAGUUUGUCUAGCAAGGUGUUUGCUGAAAAAGAUCUGUAAUUACGAGAUUUCUUUCUACUGCUACGACGACCCAUCUCUGUCCAGAGAUCUCGUAAACGUUCCCAACAUAACCGUAUUCGAUUUUUCCAAGAACUGGCUCGGUUGGGAUAAUGAACAUCCGAUAAUUGAUUUUCCAAAGUUAACAAAAUCCGAAAAACCGCGAUUUUUAAUAGUGGACAACUUGCUUAGAUUGGUUCAAUUCAAAGGAAUGAGUGAAACAUGUCAGUUUGUGAGAUUGGUAAAAUCGGAGCACGAAACGAAGCUUAUCUCGUUAAUACAUUCAGAUGUUUUGAAUGAUAUUGGGACAGUAAAACGAUUAGAGUAUCUUUUUGAUACAAUAAUAGAGCUGGCAGCAUCUGCCUCCAAAGAUACGUAUGUGUCAUGCAUGAUGUACCACAAACCGCUGGGCAACUCUAUCAAAAAAGUUACUGAAAACAUACGAAUAUCGGAUAAUUACGAAGUUAGCGUUGUUACAGAGCUAGUUAAAAAUGAAAGCAAACCAGUUUUGAAAGAUGACUUCACAGAUUUUCAGACGACUUUCAAUUUGAAGUUGAAAUCAAGUGAAUUAGAAGCCAAAAAUAAACUAGUAUUACCGUAUAUUUCAACCGCUAAUGAGGUCAAGGGAAAAAUCGAAUAUGUACCUGAUGAGUUUGAUAAUCUGGAUGAAGAGGACCCAGAUGAUGAUCUUGAUAUUUGA